AUUACUGUAAUAGAGAUCUAUCUGAUUGGUUGGGUAGAUCCAGUCAACAAAGCUGUGUGAAUCACACAAACACGCCCGUCUGAGGAGAGGAGUCAGUAGGGUGAGUCUGGAAAAGUGUGGUGCCUUGCUCAAUCUGCAUUGUUAUUUUGUCAGUGUGACGUGAGAUUGUUUCUGUUGUUAUUGAGACGUCAAGAGGAUCUGUGUGCCUUAUUGCGCCUCUAAUAUAUUAUUAGAUAUGAGAAUCUUUCCCAGUGACACAAUAACUAUUGUAGUUGGAUGAUCAAGACAGAAACAGUUCUGUAUAAGACAUGCAGCUUCAGAUAGCUUGUGUUGUUACUCUGUCAGCCUUCCUCGAUUAUCUUUUGGAUGUUGUGUAAAUGUGUUUGACCCCCAGACCCUCUCCAUCUGGUCUGAUUAGAGGGAAGGAGUUUGAUGGUGCGAGGCGAACACUCUGCUCAUACAACGAGGCCUCACUUAACCAUUCUCUGCAUAAAGGAGCCCUGGCAUUCUCUCUCAUGCUGCUGCGUGAACUGUACUGAUCAGACAGCGGGGCGCAGGUUUACAGAGACCAUCAUCCACCACAGACAAGCAGGACAACAGGCUACAUAUCAUCUGAACACACAGUUCUGUACCACACUGGAGGACCUACAGGAGAACUGGCAGGUGUACUGGCUUUUAGUGUGUUCUCUGAGGUGUGACUAACCCCUAUACAGGAGAAUACAAGGUAUACACCACUGGGGAACACACUGAAGAUCUUGAGAGGAGGGAUAUAAAGAAAAGGAGUACUAAAGGAGUGAUCAGUGAUCGCCAUGAGGCUGAAUUCCCUGGCACAGCCAAACCCGACUGGAACUACCACACCAUCCCGGAUCUGAGAACAGGAGGGGGACACACACCCCACGGAGCCCAUUGCCAUGGCGAUGACGGCCCUGUUCAGGGGCAAGUGGGGACAAAAGUCGCAGGAGCCACCUGAGAAGCAGCCCGCAGCAUCGGUGCACUCCACCAACCACGAGGAAGAAGAGGAGGAUGACAGGGUCAUCGCCCCCAUCCGCAGGAACUCCCGCUUCUACCGUUCCAUGAGGAAGAAGAGGCUGGCCUCGUCAGAACAACUUGAAAGCCCUGCCUCUCUGAGGCCUGGUCCAGAGCCCAGCCCAGGCAGCAGGUCAAGCAGCAGCUCCCUCUGUGUCCCUGAUCUCCAGAAACCUUCGCAAUCUCCCCGGGCACAGCGUACGCCAACCUCUCCACGCCAACUCCAUUCCGGAACUGCGUUGCCGAGCAACGGGGAGCUCAGGAGCCCACACACACUUACUAGCGCGGCCUCUUCCCCUCUUUGGACUAGGAGAGGAGGAGGAGGGGGAGGAGGAGGGAGGAAGGGUGCAGAUGCUUCUCCAGCUAGUGGUCAGUGUGGAGGGGGCUCCACUUCCUCCUCCUCUGUUUCUAGCGCUCGGUUGUACCGGACACACGGCAUGCACACACACACUGAAGACAUGGAGAGCCUCUCAGAACGCACCGCCGCCUGCUCCGUACGGGAGCCCGGAGGGGGUACACAGUCACCGCAACCAGCGGAGGAGGAAGUCAAUGAAGAGGGCGUCAAACUCAGGUUGGUGAGCAACAGGGAAAGAGCGAGCUCAACACCAUUGAAAGUAGAACCCAUCUGCUACAGUCUCAACAUUGUCAAGAACGUUGCCUUCCUGUACCAGGAGUACCGGGACACAUCCAAGCAGCAGGAAAUCGAGCAGCGACGGCAGCAGGAUGGGUUGACCUCGGGGGUCAGCGCGGGGUUAGGGGUGACGUCCCCACCGGCCCUGCAGCUGCAGCUGAGGAACAACUCUCGCUCUCUGAGUCUGUGGCAGAACCUGGAGGUCGUGCAGCAGAGCGGCCUGCUCACCCAGCUACCGCAGAGAGAGGUCAUCAUACAAGAGGCCAUGUUUGAGCUGGUGACCUCAGAGGCAUCCUACUACAAGAGUCUGGAGGUGCUGGAGACCCACUUCCUGAAGAACCCUAUGCUGGUCAACACACUCAGCCAAUCAGACAUGCACUUCCUGUUCUCCAACAUUGAGGAGGUGAUGAAGGCCAGUGAAAGGUUCCUGAUGGACCUGGAGAACCGCAUCGAACAGUCCCUCCAGAUCUCAGAGGUGUGUGACAUCGUCCACGACCACGCCGUCAAGCACUUCCACGUCUUUAUCACCUACGUCAUCAACCAGGUGUAUCAGGAGAAGAACUACCGACGCAUUCUACAGGGAAACCAGUCAUUCCGUGAGGCCAUGGCUCACCUGGAGAACCAGCCGCAUGUCCGAGGCCUCUCCUUCACCUCCUUCCUCAUCCUCCCCUUCCAGAGGAUCACACGACUCAAAAUGCUGGUCCAGAACAUUCUGAAGAGGGCAGAGGAGAAUUCAGAUAUGGAGGCCAAUGCCAUCAAGGCUCACCAUCAGCUGGAGCAGAUUGUGAAGGAGUGCAACGAGGGUGUGAGGAAGAUGAGUCGUACAGAGGAACUCAUCAGCAUUGAGAAAACACUGGAGUUCAAGUCUAAGUCGGUGCCGGUGAUCUCCCACUCCCGCUGGCUGCUGAAGAAGGGUGAGGUGCAGCAGAUGGCCGGGCCAAAGAGCACUAGGACCAUGCGGAGCAAGAAGCUCCACCACCCUGUCUACCUGUUCCUCUUCAACAACCUGCUGCUCAUCACCAAGCGCAGCUCCAGUGGUGAGAAGUUCCAGGUGCUGGACUCGUGCACGCGGGCCAUGCUGAGGACUGAGGACAUGGAAGACCAGGGUCAGAUGCUGGCUAAUGUGUUCAACCUGAAACUUCUGGAGAACCAGGAGGAGAGGCAUGUCAGCUACAUGCUCAAGACCUCCAGCAUGAGUGACAAGCUGCGCUGGAUAUGUGCUCUCACGCCAAACCGCCGCACGCGAUUCAUGUCCACCAGCGCCCACCAACCAGCCUCUCCUCAGGUCCAGUGUAUUCAGUCGUAUUCGUCUCAGGAGCCAGAUGAGCUGUCCAUUGAGAUGGCUGACGUGUUGAACAUCCUGGAGAGGACAGAUGACGGCUGGAUGAUGGGUGAGAGGCUCCAUGAUGGAGAGAAGGGCUGGUUCCCUUGUCGGGUAGUAGAGGAGAUCAAGAACCAGGAAGUGCGGGCCCAGAACCUCAGGGAGUGCCAGAGGAUUCACCUGGCCCAGGAAGGGGGCGCUUCCUCAGGGUCCAGGCUGGGCUCCAGGGGUGGCAGACGCACCCCCAAAACCCCCAAAGUCUCAAAUUUCUUCGGUACCUGGACUGACCAGUCAGAGGAGGAACAGUGAAGCACAUGAUAUUCCACACUGAAAGUGAUUGGUUGGAACCCCCUGGCAUCGAUUUUUACUGGACCACAUGGAUCAAAUGACAGAGAUCAUGUGAUUUGAGCAUGGGAUUGCAUUGGAAGAAAGUGACAUCAUGCAAUGACAUUAUUUCCUAUGAACUGUUUCCCUUUCUCAAGUGGUUUUGGUGUGCCAGGGUUUAGGGUCCCAGGCUACAUGGUUUAGGGUCCCAGGCCACAGGGUCCCAGGCUCCAGGGUUUAGGGUCCCAGGCUCAGUGGUUUAGGGUCCCAGGCUCCAGGGUUUAGGGUCCCAGGCUCCAGGGUCCCAACCCCCAGGGUCCCAGGCCCCAGGGUUUAGGGUACCAGGAUCCCCUGAUCGGUCCUACGAUCAGAGCACUUCUUCCAUAACUCCAACAAACUGCAUGUCUUACAGUACUUCCAGUGGAAUGAUUUGAAAUGAUUCAGCACUACCAGUCUAACUGAAACAAGGCUCCGGUGGAACAGGAGCUACUCAUGUGAUGGGAGAAGAUGAUAACCACAGAAACAGUUCUCAAGGAGAUGGUAACAUGUGAAUAUAUCGUAACCUUGCCUCAACUGCAUGGGCCAAUUUUUUUCUUAAUUUUUUUUUAAAGCGCUUCUGUGCUAGAGAUUUAAUUACCCCAGAACAACGGCUUGACGAUCCACCCUUUUGUAAAGAGCAACUCCUCUAUUGAAACCAUACAAGAAGCACGUUUUAAAAUCCACCCACUAGCACUGAAUGGAAAUUAACCGUGAAUGUUUCAUGAUUCUGUACAGUAAAUAGAACAAUCACAUGACAGAGUGCUCAGUAUUGGGCAGGAAGUAAUUGACUGGAGAAGACGAGCCCUAUAGAAUCACAGGCCUUGCUUAAUCAAGGCCAAUACUGAUAUGCCACUUACGCGCACACACACACACACACACACACACACACACACACACACACACACACACACACACACACACACACACACACACACACACACACACACACACACACACACACACACACACACACACACACACACACACACACACACACACACUUGGGGAAAUCUAGCACAACUUCUCCAACUUGAAAAACCCUCCACAGACACCUGGUCCUGAAGCAUCUGCACAGAAUGUGCCAACACACCGACAGCACUGGAAUGGCAUGCGAGUGACAAAACAUGUGGGUGUAUGAUGAGUAUGAAUACGUGUGCAUACUGUAUGCCUUGAAUGUUCAAUAUACAAUUAAAUAAUUACUGAAACAUUGUGUAAUUUAAUUAUGUAAGAAGUAAUUUAUUGUUAAUAAAAUCUAAAUCUGACAUUUAAA